GAACAUCGGUUGAUGAUCAGCAGUGCAAGCCAUCAUCUGGGUUCAAGCACAAGAUGGAAAAUGGUGGAACAUCAAGUACUAAUCAGCAGAUGAUUGAUCAGAGCCAUGGAAAUGUUGGCGAAGAGGAAAAUUCACAACUUUCACUUGAUAUUAACAAGUUGGCGAAGUCCUUGAGAGCGGAUAUGGAAAUGUUGCAUUCUUUCUCCGAUCAAUGUUGUAUCUACAGAGUCCCUAUUCGACUACGUGAUUCGAAUGAAAAGAUCUUCACACCUCAAGUAGUAAACCUUGGUCCACUUCACCAUGGAAAAGAAGAGCUUAAAGCAAUGGAGGAGCACAAAAUAUUGUACUUGCAAGUUUUUCUUAAAUGGAGCACGGCAAACAUGGAGGAGGUAAUUAAAGUUGUAGAGGAGAGAGAGACAAGAUUGCGUAAUUGUUACGCAGAAACCAUCGAUCUUGGUAGUGAAGACUUUGUGAAAAUGAUGUUACUAGAUGCCUCCUUCACCAUUAUGGUCCUGCUCAAAGAUUGUUGUGAAGGAUUUGAAAGUAGCAAUGACCGUAUACUCAAUAAACCAUCGAUGCUGAGAGAUAUAUCACUUGACAUGUGCUUGAUUGAAAAUCAGCUCCCAUUCUUCAUUCUUGAGGAUUUGUUUAAAGCAUCCAACAUAACCAAAUGUAGCCCUGCUGAAGAGGAAUAUUCAGUGAUUAAGCUUGCACACAAGUUCUUCGAAAAGAGAUGGGAUUCUUGGUUGAAAAAGGCAAUUUUGGAGGAAAUCAAUUCGUCUGAAGUAGCACAUUUUGUUGACUUCAUAAGAAAAUGUCAGAAGCCAUCAGAGUCAGAUAAAACGGAGAAAGAACUCGAGACCAUAAACGUACCAAGUAUAACUGAGCUCUAUCAAGCUGGAGUUAAGUUCAGGUGUAAACAGGGCAAAAGUUUUCUCGACAUGAAAUUCGUUAGAGGGAUCCUGGAAAUGCCACUAUUGAAAAUAGAUGACAACACAGAAAUCUUAUUCAGGAAUAUCCAGGCAUUUGAGCAAUGCCAUUGCGACGAAUAUUGUAUAGCUAACUAUAUUUCAAUGAUCAAUUUCCUUGUCAUUACUCCUAAGGAUGUGGAAAUCCUUGUUCGAAAUGGAAUUAUAGAAAACUGGAUACAUGACAAUGAAGCAGUUACGACUCUUCUUCAUAAUAUUUCCAAGGGAAAUUCUCUCUCCGCGGAUGAUUUCAUCUUCGCUAGUCUCGUUGAAGAUCUGAAUGCAUACUGCAGGAGGCCUUGGAAUAAAUGGAAGGCAACCUUGAAACAAGAGUAUUUCCAUACUCCAUGGGCCAUAAUCUCUCUUAUCGCAGCCUUGAUUCUCCUCAUACUCACUAUGGUGCAAACUGUGUGUUCUCUUAUUCAACUGUAGCUUCCAGGAUUUCAAUUACGUGUUCCAUGGAUUUGGAUUGCUGUGUGAUCAAUGCUUGUUUCUUUCAUGUUCUGUUUUUUUCCCUCAAUUAGUAUGUAUAAGUUUCCAGUUAUCAACUAGCACUAUGCUUCAGAAUGUUAUCCUUGAUUAAUAUAAGAUCAAAGCAAAUGAUUUGUCAUGCUA